GAGGUCCGCGUGCCGGUGUUUGUCUCCGGGGUUCUGCUCAUGCUGUCAGAUUACUGCUGUAACCGUGUUAGCAUAGAAACGUCAGAAAUCGAGACCCUUUGAGUAUCUGUUAAGAUCAAACAGGUCAGCGUGUGUCCGGCUCAGGGGCUGUUUGGUCACGUGAGAUGUGCUGUGACGCAUUUUGUCCUCCAAACGUGGACAAUAAAGUUGUUUUGAUUGUUGAAGUAGAAGUAGGUCGAGGCCGGAGCAUUUCUAUAUUUUUCUUCAUAAUUCACAGACUUCUGCUUGAAAUCCAGCAUUUGCGUUUAGAUGUAAGACGCACGCGCAGUGUCGGUGUUUAGGACAUGGAAAUGGUUUUCCAAUUUUCUAUUGUGUGCUCUUCUGCUGCUGUAGCCCAUCUGCUGUAAGGUGAGGCUGGUCGGAUGUCUUUGGGUUUUUUUUUAUCUGUAGUUGUGAGCUUGUGACGGAGUCCUUGGAUCGAUUGGUCAGACACCAGGACUGACGAAGAGACUGGGCAGCUUCUUCUCUCAAAAUGUUUCUUCCACACAUGAAGGUGGAAAGGGUGUGAAGUGAGCUCAGUAGGUGUGGCUUCAGCUAUGGAUCAGUGUGAGGACAGAGAGGAGGGAGUCCCUCCCUCUAAAUCCACUCUGUGUGGGGAACAUGAGAGCAAGACCAAAGCUCAGAGUUUCUAUCAGAAAACACAAGCCCCUCCUUCAUCCACCGGUUUGUCCUUCAAGAGUAAUCGAUCUAUGAUUCAACCCAUUAUAUUCAAAGAUGAAGACAAACAUGCACAUUAUAGAAUCAAUAAGGAGACACUGUUGUCUACUUCACUGAGCUGUAUGUCAAUGAAGAGUGACCGAUCUAUGAUUCAACCAAUAACCUUUUCAGGUGUUUUGCAGAGCUCAGAGACUCUCAGUGGUCAGUCUGAUCUGGACUCCAUAUUUACGACGCUGGAGGAGAACAUGUUCAGUUUUUUAAAGAAUGAGCUGAAGAAGAUGAGGAAGGUCAUGCUUUCAAACUAUCCAGAAUGGUUAGAGUGUCAGAGGGAGGAUGAGGAGGUGCUGGAGGCUGAGGAUGAAGAACAGAGGAGAAGCAGCAGAGAGUCAUUUUUGAAGAUCACGCUGCACUUCCUUAGGAGAAUGAAGCAGGAGAAGCUGGCUGAGUGUCUGCAGAGCAGAACUCGUGCUGCAAAGUGCCAAAAAACCCUGAAGUCUAACCUGAAAAAGAAGUUCCAGUGUGUGUUUGAGGGGAUCGCUAAAGCAGGAAGCUCAGCCCUUCUGAAUCAGAUAUACACAGAGCUCUACAUCACAGAGGGAGGGACUGCAGGGGUCAAUGAUGAACAUGAGAUCAGACAAAUUGAAAUGGCAUCCAGGAAAUCGGACAGACCAGAAACAACAAUCAGACAAGAAGACAUCUUUAAAGCCUCAUCUGUUAAAGAUAAACCAAUAAGAUCAGUGCUGACAAAGGGAGUGGCUGGCAUUGGGAAAACAGUCCUAACACAGAAGUUCACUCUGGACUGGGCUGAAGACAAAGCCAACCAGGACAUCCAGUUCAUGUUUCCAUUCACUUUCAGAGAGCUAAAUGUGCUGAAAGAGAAAAAGUUCAGCUUGGUGGAACUUGUUCAUCACUUCUUUCCUGAAACCAAAGAAGCAGGAAUCUGCAGCUUUGAAGACUUCCAGGUUGUGUUCAUCUUUGAUGGUCUGGAUGAGUGUCGACUUCCUCUGGACUUCCACAAAACUAAAACCCUCACUGAUGUUACAGAGUCCACCUCAGUGGAUGUGCUGGUGAUAAACCUCAUCAGGGGAAAACUUGUUCCCUCUGCUCGCCUCUGGAUAACCACAAGACCUGCAGCAGCCAAUCAGCUCCCUCCUGAGUGUGUUGGCACGGUGACAGAGGUAAGAGGGUUCACUGACCCACAGAAGGAGGAGUACUUCAGAAAGAGAUUCAGAGAAAAGGAAAAGGCCAACAGGAUCAUCUCCCACAUCAAGACAUCACAAAGCCUCCACAUCAUGUGCCACAUCCCAGUCUUCUGCUGGAUCACUGCUACAGUUCUGGAGGAUGUGCUGAAAACCAGAGAGGGAGGAGCGCUGCCCAAGACCCUGACUGAGAUGUACAUCCACUUCCUGGUGGUUCAGGCCAAAGUGAAGAAGGUCAAGUAUGAUGGAGGAACUGAGAUAGAUCAGCACUGGUGUCCAGAGAGCAAGAAGAUGAUUGAGUGUCUGGGAAAACUGGCUUUUGAUCAGCUGCAGAAAGGAAACCUGAUCUUCUAUGAAUCAGACCUGACAGAUUUUGAAGUAAUUAUCAAGGAUGCCUCAGUGUACUCAGGAGUGUUCACACAGAUCUUUAAAGAGGAAAGUGGACUAUACCAGGACAAGGUGUUCUGCUUCAUCCAUCUGAGUGUUCAGGAGUUUCUGGCUGCUCUUCAUGUCCAUCUGACCUUCAUCAACUCUGGAAUCAACCUGCUGGAGAAACAGCAAAAAACAGAUCAGUAUUCUUUAAAACAUCUCCACCAGAGUGCAGUGGACAAGGCCUUAGAGAGUUCAAAUGGUCACCUGGACUUGUUCCUCCGCUUCCUCCUUGGGCUUUCACUGCAGUCCAAUCAGGCUCUCCUAAAAGGUCUACUGACACAGACAGGAAGUAGUUCAAAUACUGAUGUGGAAACAGUCCAGUACAUCAAGAAGAAGAUCAGUGGUAAUCAGUCUGCAGAGAAAAGCAUUAAUCUGUUCCACUGUCUGAAUGAACUGAAUGAUGGUUCUCUAGUGGAGGAGAUCCAACAGUCUCUGACUUCAGGAAGUCUGUCCACAGAUAAACUUUCUCCUGCUCAGUGGUCAGCUCUGGUCUUCAUCUUAUUGUCAUCAAAGGAAGAUCUUGAUGUAUUUGACCUGAAGGAAUACUCUGCUACUGAGGAUGCUCUUCUGAGGCUUCUGCCAGUAGUCAAAGCCUCAAAGAAAGCUCUGUAA